AUGCCGCUAAAGCGGUUCAUUCACUCCUCCAACCUGCCUCUCCUCGGAGAGGAGAGAGCGGGGGCCACCCGGAGAAGCGAGAAAGAGAGAGGGACUCGGCCCUCUACCCCAGUCCCCUCCAAGCCAACCGGGGAAACACGGACGACCCGCCAAGCCGGCGCAGCUGCGGGACACGGCCCCCCGCGCCGCUCCAACCAGACCGCGACCGCUAAGCCUAAGCCCCUCCUUCCGAGGAACUCCGGAGCCGCCCCUGGAAGUGGCGGGGCGGAGGCAUCCGAGAAGCGACGCUCCGCGGCGAAGGAGCCGAACGGCGCGGGCCGGGAGGCCGGCAUGGAAGGCGCGGCGGGUGACCCGUACCGGCGACCCGCGCGGCGCACCCAGUGGCUGUUGAGCGCCCUGGCGCACCACUACGGGCUGGACCGCGGCGUGGAGAACGAGAUCGUGGUGCUGGCCACCGGCCUGGACCAGUACCUGCAGGAGGUCUUCCACCACCUGGACUGCCGCGGCGCCGGCCGCCUGCCCCGCGCCGACUUCCGCGCGCUCUGCGCCGUGCUGGGGCUGCGCGCCGAGGGGGCCGCCGCCGGGGAGGCCUCCGGGGAUGCGGCCGCCCGAGACGCGAACCCGGGGGAUGCGGCCGCCGGGGACGCGGCCGCCGGGGUGGCCACCGACGGGGACGCAGAUGCCGAAGAGGAGGCGCGCCUGGCGCUGCGCGCGGAGCCGCCCGAGCUCACCUUCCGCCAGUUCCACGCGCGCCUCUGCGGCUACUUCGGCACGCGCGCGGGGCCCCGGCUGCCCCGCGGCGCUCUCAGCGAGCACAUCGAGACGCAGAUCCGCCUGCGCCGCCCGCGCCGCCGCCGCCGCGCCCCCCACACGCCGGGCCCGGACGGCGGCCCCGACUGCCCCGACGGCGGCCGGGACGGCGAGCGCCUGGCGCGGUUGGAGGAGGAGAACGGCAGCCUGCGCGAGUUGGUGGAGGACCUGCGGGCCGCGCUGCAGAGCAGCGACGCGCGCUGCCUAGCGCUGCAGGUCGGCCUCUGGAAGAGCCAGGCGGGCGCGCAGGAGGCGGGGCGCGUUGGGCCCGAGGAGGCGGCGCGGGAGCUGCGGCAGGCGCGGGGCGCCCUGGCGGUGGCCGAGGCCCGCGCGGGGCGGCUGCGCCAGGGCCAGGUCGAGGUUCGGCGACGCGCCGAGGAGGCCCGGGAGGCGGUGCUGCGCAGCCUGGGCCGCGUGCGCGAGCUCGAAGCGCUGGCGAGACAGGUGCCCGGCCUGCAGCGCUGGGUGCGGCGGCUGGAGGGCGAGCUGCGGCGCUACAGGUCAGAGGGCACCCAGCUCCCAAUCUCCUCACAAGGCAGCCCAGAGCCAGAAGCCAAGAGUGGUGAACCUGAGGAAAGUGGGACCAGAAGCCCAGACACCUCUCCAGAGGGAGCCUGGCAGUCAGACAGCAGCUCCGGGAACAGACCCCCGGACGAAGUGGACGGGCAGCUGUUCCGCUCAGUGGAGGGCCAGGCCGCCUCCGACGAAGAAGAGGAGGCCGAGAAGUGGCAGGAAGAGCAGAGGUCACUGGCCAAGGUCAAGACGCUGCUGGCUCGCCUCUCCAGCUGCAGGAGUGGGUGUGAUGAACAGACAGCCAAGAAGCUCGUGACUUACUUCGGCCACUUUGGCAGUGCUGACCAUGCCUGUACCCUGGGAGAGCUGGAGGCUCGCAUCACCGUGCUGGUGGAGCAGCUGGGGACCCAGGGCUGCAGUGAGAAGACCCUGGGGACACCUGGGGAGGAGGCAGAGCUGCAGCGGAAGGUGGAAGAGAAUGAGCAGCUGAGGCUGGAGCUGCAGAUGGUGGAGACAGAGAGGGUGCGGCUGUCCCUGCUGGAGGAGAAGUUGGUAGACGUGGUGCAGCUCCUGCAAAGGCUCCGGGACCUGAACAUAUCGAAAAGAGCUCUGGGGAAGAUUUUGCUGAACACGCUGGAUGCUUGCAAGGACCCCACACAUGAGGGGAGAUCUGGACCCUCGGCCAUCCUGGACGCCCUGCACACGGCUUUGGCUGGCUGUGAGCUCUUGCAGAGAGAGCCCUCGGCGCCAGCCUCCACGGCUCCUGCACUCGCCAACCCCCUCCUCAUCUCCUGCUGAGGCCACUGGCCCAACCUGUGGGCACCUGGGUCAGCCCGACCUCCAUCAGACCAGCCUCCAUGUCAGCCUGACCAGCAUCACAUCUUCAGAACCCUGGAGACCCAGACUCCUUGUGAGACUGGACUUAACCCCAGAGCCUCCCACGACAGAGCCUGACAGACAUCCUUUCCUUUCGUUCCUCACAGAUUCCCUUGCAUUCCUGCUACCAGAGUUCACGUUCAAACCCUGGGGCUGCUGGAUCAGCCCAUACCUGUUGCUGCUUCCCCUGCCCUCAGUGCAGAGUUGCCUACAUUCAUGCACAACCCGGCCCAGAAUCCCCUCCCUGGGCUCCUGGAGUCUUUUCCCCUUCCAGCACUGCCCCCUUCCUGUCACCCAUGUGCCUGAUGCAGGCACACUGUGCCCAACCUCCAGGCCACACAGGCUGGGGAAACAUAAGGAGGGGGUGAUCACUGCAGGCUUCCAGGUAGAGGCUGCCCUUGAACUAGCUCUAGAAGAGAGGCAGGAUUUCGAUGGACAGAGAGGGGAGAGAAGGACAUUAAAUGCUAAUGUGAGGAAACAGCAAGAGCAAAGUGUGGGGCCAGAAAGGGCCCCCCUUAGUACAGUACCUGGAACACCUCUUUCACAAGCAUGCAGUGGGUACUGGGUUUCAUGCGGUCACAGGAGAAAGACAAGCUGCCCGUUCUCACCUACCUUAACAUCUCAUAGGAGAGAAAGAUACGUUGGCAAAUAGCGCAACAUGCAUGAAAUCAGCGCUAAAUCAAGGUAAAAUAGUUACUCAGCAGUCCAGCCUAGAGGGGUUCAUCCGAGCCAAGGAGGGCAGAUGCACCACAGAGGGGAAUGGCAGGGGUGAGGGCAGGUGCCUGGGGGGACAGUGGCAAGGUCGGGGGUGGGGGAACCCAAUAGCAGAUGAGGAUCCAGGACUUGCUUCCACAGGCAAUCAGGAGCCACUGGAGGAUUCUGAGCUGCCCCAUGGAGCAUGGAUGGAGAGGAGGGAAGAAGAGGCAGCUGCAGGUCCGUGGGAGGAAGGCGGCACCAGCAGCUUGGGGCCAAAGCUACAAGGACACAGAAGGGGAUCAUGGGAGAAGGAGGACCAAGGGGCACCCAGGGGGAGCCUGGGAGCAGCAGACACUCCGGGGCAGGGCAGCAGGGACUGGGGACAGACAAUGACCGACUUCCUCUCUGACCUCAGACACUCAGCACCUUGGAUGGGGCCAGAAGGCAUCAGGGAGCCACUGCAGUCUCCUAAGCAGGGUGACACAGGCCCCAACCCAGUUUCUCUAUGGUUCCUCGGGGAAUGGAAGGAAAGAGACCAAGGCCAGUGGCCAUUCCAGGGGGGCCACCUUACCCCUGGUCCUGUCAGAUGAGCCAGGCUUUUUUGAGAAGGCCCCUAGGACUCUUCAGGGGCCAGUGGGCAGGGAAGAGCCUUGAGGAGGCUUGUCUGAGCCCUGAGGAGGGGGCUGCCCCCAACUUGCUCCUCUCAGCUUAGCCUGAGCCCACCAGGCCCGCCUCCCCCGGCUGUGCUGCUGACCGCAUGACCCAGGUGAGCCUCACCUGUGCCCCGCCCAGUGAGAAGGGCCAGCUGUUCCGUAUCCUGACCAUGGCAGCAAGCACAGGAUGCUACACGUGUGUUAAGAUUCACAGACCUGGAAGCUGUCCUCAAAAAAGUCAACUUGACCGUUAUGUUACUAAAACCCAAGAGCCACCGGAAGACACAUUCCUACAGUGCCUCCAGGUCUAGCCACCUGAAAUCUGCAGACAGAGGCACAGAGGGCUCUCAUAGGUUACAGUCACAGUAAGCUUCAUCCUCAAGAUGUCCCUCAUUAAAAUCUGCUCUUACCAACUGCCCGGCCAUCCGUGGUUCAUCGCCACACUUGUAUGCCCCUCAGCUCAUUGGAGGCAAGUUGAGGUGGAUUAGGAUGGAGAAGUGCCCAGAGAGGGUGAGCUACCCGGUAAAUCAGCAUCCAAGCCUGGAGCAGGCCUGUUUUCGGCCCGUAUCUCAUGUACUUUCUACCACAGCCAGCUGUCUCUGGCUAGGAAACUCUGGGCUCGCUAAGGGUUUGGGGUCUGGAUUAGUUAGGGUACAGGCUAAAUUGCCUCGAUAAAGAGAUCCCAAAAUAUUCUGGGUCCAAGAGGAUAGAACUUUAUUUCCCUGCUGUAAGAAUCCAAAGGUGCGUGGUCCUGGUUGGCAGAGCAGCUCUGCUCUAUGUGGUCACCCACGGACCCAGGUCCCUUCCACUUUGUGGCUCUGCCAUUCCGUAGAGUGAUGUCCUCCCUUGCACGGUGGAGGCCAAUUCGUCAGAAUUGUAUCUGCCUUCCAACCCAUAGGAAGGAGGAGAGGGGAAGGGAAGGAAAGGCUCUCUGGCUCACAAGGUUUCUACUUACACCCCACUGGCCAUGCCUAGCUGCAAGGGAAGCUGGGAGAUGUAGUCUGUGGCUGGGCAACCAUGUGCCCAGUUUCCAGUCCAGCAUGUAAGGAGCUUGGGAGUCAUCAGCCCAUCCUAACGACAAGUAAAAAGCUGAAAAAGCUGGAAAUUCAACAAAUCCUCUUAAAUCCAUGAACGUCACAGGACAAAGGCUGCCCCCCAAAUUGGAGAGACAGACUGCCGAAUGCAGAGAAUCACAACUUGCCAAAGCAGAAGCCACCUUCUCAGGAACCGGUACCAGAAUAGGAAAAGCUCAACUGUGAUUGACAAAUUGGUGGAGACUCAGUGUGGACAAGUAUGAGAGUUAAAAACUCCAGGGUGACCCAGUCACGGAAGGGGUGGAGUCCCACACCUGGUGAGCUUUACCUUCUGAAGCUCUACCAGGUCCUCACAGUGAAACUCAGAGAGGAAAAAAACCUGCUUCUCACAGUAGAAGGGAAAGUAACCAUGUUGAAAUGUGCCAGAACACUCUGUUUUUCUUAACAAGGCCCUUAAGAGAAACUAUUUUGCCAGAGCUUAAUUUAUUGGGGUUUUAUCAGAGCCUAUAUUAAUUUUAGACAGAGCAGACUUCAGAAAAGGAAAAAUGUUGAGGCAUUAUGUAAUGCCUCUUUUUAUAAUGAUGAUAAAGGGUCAGUUCUCCAAGAAGACAUAACAGUCCUUAAUGUAUAUGCGCCUAACAACAGUGUCAAAAUAUAUAAGGCAAAAACCAGUAGAACUACAAGUUGAAAUGGAUGGAUCCACUAUUAUAUAUGGAGACUUCAUCUCCCCUUUAACAGAAAUGGGCAGAUCCAGCAGGUAUAAAAUCAGUAAGGACACAGUUGAACUCAACAGUACCAUCAACGAACUGGAUCUAAUUGAUACCUAUGGAGGACUUCAUCCAGAAAAUACAGAAUGCACAUUUUUCUCAAGAUCACAUGGAAUAUUCACCAAGAUAUACCAUAUUCUGGGUCAUAAAACACACCCUCACAAUUUCCAAUGUGUUCUGUAUGCUCUCAGACCAUAAUAGAAUUAAACUAGAAAUCAAUCAACAAAAGUAGGUGGAAAAAUCUCUGAAUAUGUAGAAAUUAAACAACAUACUCCUAAAUAACAUGUAGGUGAAAGAAAAAAUCUCAAGGAGACUUAAAAAUGCUUUGAACUAAAUGAAAAUGAAAUAAAAUCUACCAAAAUUUGUGGGAUGCAGUGAUUACAGGGAAGUUUAUAGCAUUGAUACAUAUAUUGGAAAAGAAAAAGAUGUAAAAUCAAAAACCUAAGCUUCCACCUAGGAAACUAGAAGAAUAAGAGCAAAUUAAGUCCAAAAUAAGCAGAAGAAAUAAUUUUAAAAAUUAGAGCAGAAAUCAAUGAAAUUGAAAAUGAGAAAACAAUAAAGAAAAACAAUGAAACCAAAAGCUGGUUCUUUGACAAGGUGAAUAGAUUCAAUAAUCCUCUAGCCAGACUAAUUGAGAAAAAUAGGAGAAGACACAUAUUGCUAAUAUCAGACAUGAAUGAGGAUGUAUCACGAUGGAUCCCAUGAACAUUAAAAGGAUAAUAAAGCAAUGUUAUGAAAAA